GACCCACUAUCAGAAAGCUAGGCAUGGAUCUGGUGGUGGGACGGGUGGAACCCCCUCCGUUCCGUGAAACUUGGGCCGGCCCUCAUGUGUACCCUUAACUGGCUUAGCCUCGAGGCAGGACCGGGCCAAUGACCCAGGGCCUGAUUCAUGUUUCUAUUGACCUGGCCCAAUACGGCGGGUGAGACCGGCGAGACUCAGUCUGACCUACCCCUAACGUAGUACCAGUUCUAAAGUUGGCGGGCCCACAGUCCAAUAAACCGUCCUUCAGCCCUCCACCCGUACACCCGUCCCUCCAGUUCAACCCCCCCCCCCCCCCCCAGAGACCCGCUGAGACCCACGCCAUACUCAUUCCCCAUUCCACCCGCCACCCGCCACCCGCCACCCGCCUGACGCUCACACCGCCCGCCGCCAUGCCUGUGCCUGGGCUGUCCGCCGUAUGGAAAGCCGGCCGGGGUUCGAUCGCUGACUACUUUCGCGUCCUGGGCCACACCGAGAACCGCCCGCCGUUCGGGGCUAACUCCGCCCAUGGGCCGGCGGGUAAACGCGCCGCCUCACCCGUGGCCCAUCCCUCGCCCGCCAAGCGCGUCCGAACCUCGCCCCCCGCCGUUUUGCGCCCCACUCGGACCAACCCGUCCGACGUGUGGCCCUCACCCGGUGGACGGGCCGAGCCGGUUCGGCCGGAAGCCCCCGGCGGCCCUGACUCUGUCUCGGCCACCCCGGCGGCCCAAACCGACCUGGGUUCGACCCGGGCCCCGAUGACGGAAGUGAACGUCCAGUUAGCCUCGUCGUGCACGGUCCAAUUAAAGCCCAUUUCCACCCAUCCGGCCCUAACCACGGGCGAAUCAGCCGAGACCAGCGCCCGCCUUCUCCCAACCCCGGCCCCGCCCGAGUCCAGUGCCGCGUCCAGUGCCGCGUCCAGUGCCGCGGAAACCAGUGACACUGACGAGUAUGAGGUGGAGCGCAUCUUGGACUAUAGUUGGUGUCGUGCCACGAAUCGCGGUUUGUACUUGGUCAAAUGGUUGGGCUACGAUCGCGAGGAAGACGCUACAUGGGAACCUUUAGCUCAUUUGGAAGAUGUCAAACCAUUGUUACGAGACUUCUAUCUGGAACGCGUGUCCGAGCGUGAAAAGGCCAGUCCCAGUCGGAAGCGCCAACUCCAAGUUCCACCUGAUCCUCGGACUAGCUUUCAAAAGCGCUCAGAAGUGGUGGACUCCAUCUUCUCUCCCCCGCCCCUCUCCGAGUUAAACGCCUUCUUCGUUCAGAUCCAACAGCGAUCCCGAAAAAAGGUCAAUGAAUGGCCCGAAGUCCGACUCAACCGAGCUCUGGAUAAGGUCAGUCGAGCCGGACCCACCAAGCCAAUGUGUCCCGAGCAAUUGGAGGAGAUUCGCCAUCAGCUCAUGUUGAGGCAUCUCAAGGACAAGAGGGAGGAUCAACUCCGAAGAUUGAAAGAUUGGCAACGGGAGAUCAACGUCAUCGAUCAGUGGCCACUGACCGUGGAAAACGACGUGGAUUUGGAAGGCCCCCCACGGCACAUGAAUUACAUCACUUGCUACAAACCCGCAGAAGGGAUCGACAUUCCCGAGGAUCCGCCCAUCGGUUGCGAGUGUGGGCCGCUCUGUAGUUUAAGUACGGAAGAAUAGUGCUGCCCGAGCACUCACGGGCAUUUGUUUCCCUACACUCGCUACGGACGCCUCCGAGUGGAUGUGGGCGUGCCAAUCUACGAAUGCAACAAGAUCUGCUCCUGCGGGCCCGAAUGCGUCAAUCGUGUCGUUCAAAAAGGUCGAAAGACCAAGCUAUGUAUCUUUCGCACUUCCAAUGGGUGUGGCUGGGGCGUGAAGACCCUCGAACCCAUCAAACGUGGCACGUUUGUGGCCGACUAUGUGGGCGAAGUCAUCACCAGCGAGGAAGCUGAGGAAAGGGGGAAAAAAUAUGACGCUGAGGGGCGAACCUACUUGUUUGACUUGGAUUUCAACAUGGGCCAGGACAAUCCGUACACCGUGGAUGCGGCUUUCCACGGCAACGUGGCUCACUUCAUUAACCACAGCUGCGAUCCCAAUCUGUCGAUCUUCAACGUGUGGGUGGACUGUCUGGACCCGAACUUGCCUCGGAUCUGUCUGUUCUCCCGAAGAGACAUUGCCAAGGGCGAACAACUCACGUUCGAUUAUUGUCAGCAGUCCACACAGAACUAUGCGUUUGAAGAUGUUCAAAAAGCUGAUCAAGAGGGGGAUGUCGUCAGGAGAGCCGGAGAAGAAACGGGCGCUCCUCAGAAGAUGGAGUGUCGUUGUGGGGCGGAUAAUUGUCGGAAAAGGCUUUUUGAGUAAGGCCAACUAGCCAUGAUUAUUUCUUCUUUUUUUUUAUUUCGAAAAGAAUUACACGAAUGAAUCACCAUUGA